GGGUGGCCAGGGAGGGAGAGAGAGAGAGGUAGGGGUGGCCAGGGAGGGUUCACAAGGCCACCAACCACCACCACACCACCGGCUGCACCCUCCAGUGUGUGUGUUCACUGCUCACAGUCACCACCUCCCUACACCCCGUCACAAUAUACCUCACCAGAUGGGUUGGUUGAAGAAGGUGUUGGUGGGGUUAUUGGUGCUGUGGGUGGCCCACAAGAUUGGCCAGAAGCUGCAGGAACCCCCUCUCCCCAAGCUGGACCCCAACCCAUGGUGGGGUCCAGGCCAACCACAACAGGAAGAUGUCUCCAUCAGAAGGUUUACCAUCAAUGUGCCCGAGCAGGACUUGGCGGACUUCAAGGCCCGGCUGGCCCUGCCCCUGCGGUCGACCCCAGGACUGGAGGGUGCCAACUUCACCUACGGCAUGACCGCUGACACCCUACAAUCAGUCGUCCAAUACUGGAGGGAACACUAUGACUGGCGCCAGAGGGAGAAGAAACUCAAUACGUAUCCCCACUUCAAGACCCGCAUAGAAGGUUUAGACAUCCACUUCAUGCGUGCCAGUGCCAAGGUAGGAAGUGCCAAGAAUGUCAAGACGGUGCCCCUCCUGCUGAUCCACGGGUGGCCAGGAUCCUUCGUCGAGUUCUAUGACAUCUUGCCGCUACUCACGCACCCACAGGAAGGCAGUAAUGUGGUGUUUGAUGUCAUCUGUGCUUCCAUCCCUGGCUAUGGUUUCUCCCAGAGCUCCUCUAAGCAAGGUUUUGGUGUUCUUGAGACUGGUCAGGUGUUCUUGAAGCUAAUGAAGAGGUUGGGCUUUGAGCAGUUCUACCUGCAGGGUGGUGACUGGGGUGGCUUGAUUGCCUCGAACAUGGCCACCAUGUACCCUGAUAAUAUUUUAGGGGUCCAUUUGAAUAUGUUUAUGGUGAACACCUUGGGAGUGAACUUGAAGACGAUGCUGGGAGCGUUCCUGCCCGCCGGGCUAGUGGUGGCUCGGGAGGACCAGGCCAAGCUGUACCCACUUACCAACUUGUACUCCAUGAUACUCCGGGAGUCUGGCUACUUGCACAUACAGGCCUCCAAACCCGACACUAUUGGUGCUGCACUGAACCAGAAUCCAGUCAGUCUUGCGGUGUACAUCUUGGAGAAGUUCAGCACCUGGACCCACAAGGACAACCCUAACAAACCAGAUGGUGGACUCCUCGGCAAAAACUUCCCAAUGUCCCUAGAUGAUAUGUUGGAUAAUAUCUGCAUUUACUGGUUCACCAAUUCCAUUACAACCAGUGUCCGCUUCUACUCUGAGAACAUGAACCAAAAGUUUAUCAGCAGAGGAUUAGACAAUAACCCGUGUCGUGUGCCAGCCGGCUUGGCCGCCUUCCCACAGGAGCUUAUGAGCCAGCCCAAGAACUUUCUUGCACACAAAUACUACAACAUUGUCAGUUAUAAUGAGCAGCCAGCUGGUGGACACUUCGCAGCUAUGGAGCGGCCAGCGCUCCUUGCUGCGGAUGUACAUAAAUUUGUCAGCAAGGUGGAGAAGACCACCUGAGUGUUGCACACUGGAGAAGGCCACUUGAGUGUUGCAUUGCUCUGCCAACUCUUCGUCAGUCACAAAACUCGCAGCACGUGUAAAAACUCUGAACCUACAAGUGUACCAUCUUCAGCUUCUCUACCAUGUGACGACAUAUCGUCAGUUGCCACAACUAUUCAAUAAAAAUUAAACACAACAUCUUUUUUGUAGAUCAAAACUUUUAAUAUAGAAGUAAUUCCUGAAGGGGCAAAAAAUUUUCUUUACAUUAUACACAGAAUAAUUAAAAACUAGUUCUUAAAAGAACUGAUAGAAGAAAAGUUUAUUUUUUCUGGUAUAAAUAUGAAAGACAGUACAAUAUAUUAAACAGUGAAAUUGU